AUGGACCCCUGCGUCACCUUCGUCACCGGCAACGCCAAUAAACUGCGCGAAGUCAAGGCCAUUCUUGAGCCCGCCAUCCGCGUCCAAAGCACUGCCUUCGACCUCGAGGAGAUCCAGGGCACCAUCCACGAGGUGACCGAGUACAAGUGCCGGAAAGCCGCCGAUCUAGUCAACGGUCCCGUCUUGGUCGAGGAUACCGCCCUCUGCUUCCAUGCCCUGGGCGAUCUGCCAGGCCCGUACAUUAAGUGGUUCCUGUCGGCAAUUGGUCAUGACGGCCUCAACAACCUCCUUGCCGCCUACACGGACAAGUCCGCCGAUGCCGUCUGCACCUUUGGCUACUCGGCGGGACCGGGCCAAAAGCCUAUUCUCCUCCAAGGACGCUGCGCGGGCAAGAUUGUGCCCCCGCGUGGGCCGUCUCACUUCGGAUGGGAUCCCGUAUUUGAGUUUCAAGGCCAAACAUUUGCCGAAAUGGACGGGCCCCAGAAGAACACGAUAUCACACCGCGCUCGUGCCCUAAAGCAGCUCCAGGACUGGUUCAAAGACCAGCCAGGCGCUUAUCCAGUCCCUUUGCAGCGCAGCUCAUGA